GCGGUCUUAGCUAUGGGCCCGAUUUGGAAGAAUUUUAUGAACAGUGUCGACAAAAAUACGGAGAUAUUUGUGAAGUGAUGCUCGAUCGUAGAUAUAUUAUUGUUUCACAGCCAGAUUAUAUUAAAAAACUUUGUGCUCCUGCGCAAUUUUACAAGAGACUUCCAAAUUCUCCAGGUGCAACUGAAUUGGGAAUGAGCAACCAUGGACUUUUUUUCAACGAAACUAACGAAAGUUGGAGUCAUAAUAAAAGUUUCUUUACUGAGGCAUUAUCGACUAAAUUUAUUGAUGCAUCCAUGACACCUAUAAAUCAAAUUUAUGAAGAAAUGAGCGGAUAUUGGCAGUCACUUGGAAAACAAAAUGCUUCAAAGGGUACGAAGAAUAAUAACUGGACAUUAGAAACAGAUUUUUCAGCAUGGUUUCACGCAUUCACUAAUGAUGUUACUUCAAUACUUGCUACUGGAAAACGCACGUAUUCAAUCACUUCCUAUUAUAACACAUUGAGCAUCAAUAAAUCCAAACUCUCUAAUGCGUUAGUAGAAGAUGGAAAUGAAUUUGUCAAAGCACUCGUAAUGUUUCUUGAAAGCCUCCUGUUUUUCUCGUUCUUUAGCUCCUUUACCAGGCAUUACGUUCCGAUAUACAAAGGCAAAUCGGAUUCUUAUUUAAAAAACCGUGAUUACAUAUACAACAAAUUGGAUAAUAUGAUUAAAAAUAGAAGGGCCGAAAUCGAAGAAAUCCCAGAAACAAGAACGAAGACAGAUAUGCUUACUUCCUUAAUUACAACAGAAAAUUCUAUCAAAGGCGAGAACAUUAGACCUAUGACUGAUAAAGAAAUAAGAAUGAAUUUACUGGAUGUCUUUUUGG